UCUCCUCUGAAAACUUCAUAGAUAUAUCGUGGUCUAGUUUGGAGGUCUUGCUCACAUCUGGAUGUGUGAGUCCCGCGCGUGCGUGUACUGAGCUGUGUGGAGUUGUUUCCUACUUGAUAAUGUUGAAGCUGCUUGUAACCAGCCCAGGGGAUACUGGAGAAUGGACAAGACUAAUACCCGAGAAGGGAAGUGCUGGAAGAUAUUUUGGACCUUGAUUUAUCUGUCUCAGAAACAGAUGAUUUUAUCCAGCUUGUAAGUGGUAGAAAGAUAGUAUUUGGAUCCACUCCAUUGGCUCACAGAUAUGGCGGCCACCAGGCAAGGUGAAAAAUGGGAGCUCCAGUUAAAAGGCUCAGGAAAGACCCCAUGCUCCCGAAAUGGCAACGGCAGAGCCAUCCUUCGUUCCUCUGUAAGAGAAUUUCUGUGUAGUGAGGCUCUGCAUUAUCUUGGAAUUCCCACCAGCAGAGCUGCAAGAUGCAGUAGUGCUGUGUGUUGCAAAAUCCUGGUUUAGAAUUGGAUCGUUAGAAAUUUUGACUCAUUAUGGUGAACUGGAUUUACUAAGGAUGUUAUUAGACUUCAUCAUACAGGAGUACUUCCCCUUAGUAGAUGGAUUUUUUUUUUUCUAUUGUGAUGUUUGAGACGGCACAGUUCAUUGCCUUGUGGAUGUCUGUUGGUUUUGCUCAUGAUUUUGUACCAAACGCAUCUGAUGAUGAAAGAAGAUAUAAAAUAGGAAAUCAGGCCAAUAUUGGGAUGUUUAAUUUAAACAAGUUGUUACAAGUGCUAAACCCAUUAUUGAAUCCUAGGCAAAAGCAGCUUGCCACUCAGAUUCUUAAGGAGUAUCCCAUUCCUUAUUAUACAAGAUUUAGAGAACUGUUCAAAGUCAAAUUGGGAUUACUUGGAAAAAGCGAGGGUGAUGAUGAUUUAAUUGCAUUUCUCUUACAUCUCAUGGAAAAGACAGAAGCUGACUUUACAAUGACAUUUCGGCAGCUCAGUGAGAUCACUCAAAGCCAAUUAUAGGAACUAGUCAUUCCUCAGGAAUUCUGGGCACUGAAAAUGAUCUCAAAGCACAAACUCUUUCCUGCCUGUGUGUCCCAGUACCUUUGGAGACUGAAGAGUAACAUCAAUGAUUCAGAUUCUGAAAGAAGAAAAAGAAUGACAGCUGUUAUUCCUAGAUACGUGCUGAAGAACUGGAUGGCAGAAUCUGCAGUGCAAAAAGCAGAAAGGAACGAUUUUUCAGAGGUCCACCUCCUCCAGCAAGUUCUCCGCCAUCCUUUCCAGAAGCAUUCUGCAGCUGAGAGAGCAGGCUAUUCCUCCCCAACUCCUUCCUGGGCCAGAGAUCUCAGAGUUAGCUGCUCAUCUUAAUUUGGGGCAAAUCAAUUAAGGAAUACUUCUGUCAUCAAAUCCAGGAUAGAACAAUCUAUUUGAUAAAUUCUUAAUGAUCACCUAUAUUUUCUUGACAAUACUGCACUCUAUAAUAAUGGUAAUGUAUUUUUUUUAACCAAAUAAACUUGGCCAACUCUCUGGAACAUCUUUGUGAUCAUUUUUGUUUUAAUUAAUAAAUAAAUAAACCACCUGAGUUAUUCUCAAUAACUAAAAAAAAAAAUUUAUGACAAUCUUUUAAUGAAUUUAUAAGUUUUUAUCUAAUACUAGCAAUCUGACACCAUGUACCUAGAAAUUUGGGUCAUAUCAAGUAAUAUAAUUUAAUUGUACUCCUCAAGCUUUCUUUGUCUAUUAUGGUAAUUUUCAAUCAUUUACCAAAAUAAAGAGAAUAGUUUAAUGAACCUGAUUUGCCAUUCAACCAAUUUGUUAUCAAUACAUGAUCAGUCUUGCUUCAUUUAUACCCUUACA